AUUUAGCGGUAAUUCAAAAAUCAAAAUGGUUGACUUCURAGCACAAGUUUUUAAACAAGAUUUUUCAGUCCAAUUUUUGCCUCGGGAUUCAUUCAAUGGCACUCCAAAAAAGCAUUCMCGCAGCCUUUAAGUGUGUGAUAAAAGGUAUGAGUUGACACAGAGUCACUACUGAGUCAAAUUGUCAAAGAAAAACCUCUAGAAGUUUUAAGAAGAAGACGAAUAUCUGGACAGACACAACAUGUAUUUCGAGGAUGAUUCCCUACGUUGGCAUCGAGCAGCGACUCGUAUCUUCAACCUACAGAAAUCUAAUGACGAUGUGUUUUUUACUAACGUCAAUGCGAUUCUCGAUGAGAUGAAUUCUUUGGAUUUCUCAUCUCCUCUUGUGACAAGUAACGAGGAGGCUUGCCAGGUSUUGUCAAAGUGCUGUACACUUGUUCCUGGAAAUGGUACCAAUGACUUACUGGCCACAAAGCUAUGUCAACUAAUUUCUAAUUUAYUAUCAAGACAAAAGGUGAUUAUUACGCAAAGUACUUGUGAUGCACUUCUUGGAUUUCUGACGGGAUCUAUUAAAUGCUGUCAAAAGUGGGCAUUAAUCAAUCAUUUGAGGUCGCUAGAUGCUGUUCUGUGUAGUAGUGGUCCGAUGUGUAGCAAGUUUCUUUCCACUCUCACUGCACCUGUUCCUGAAGGCUUGCUGACUGGAUUCAUAGAAGGUCCUGAAUGGGAUGUGGAUAUCAAGUGCAAAGCUAUCAGUUGUGUUGCAAAUAUCUCCUCUAAAGGACCUGGUGGAACCUUUGUGGAUGAGGAAUAUUUGGACAGAUCAUUUGAAAUAAUAAUGAAUACUAUAAGGUUUAUACCAAGCAAGAAGAUGGAUCAGAUCACUCAUUAUAGGCUGGUCUUGGCUGCAUUAAAGUCUUUCCAGACUAUUCAAGCAGCUGUUCCUGUUGUUAAAAAAGAAUUUGAGCAACCUCUCCUAGCUGCUUUGAAGAAUUGUAUAUUCUGUGGUCUUCCAGGAUAUCAGCCAAACUUUACUGAAAGAAGCAGCUUGAAGCAGCCAUCGGAAAUGGGAAUACAUGCAGAUGACCUUUCGUCUAUCAACCUCAACACGUCUCCCAAAUCCCUCUCCUAUCAAAAUGCCGCUGCCUUGACGAACAAGAAAAAGAAAAAACGGACAGGGCACAAAAACAGAGGGUACGCUCCUCACGCCUCUAAUUAUGCCCCACCUACAGGGCCUAAAUUCAGAAGGGACUUUUCAUCAGUGGAUGCUUUAAUGCCCUCUUUUGCGAAGACCAGUGUAUCUAAGGACCCCUCACCAAAAGCGGCCCUUCCUGAGAGUAAAAUUACUUCAAGUGAUGAGAAUUUAAAAGGAAGUGAAAGUAGAGGAAAACCGGAAGUAGCAGUACAAGAAACUACAGCUGCGCGGGAAACUGCUGGUUAUACAAGCGGCUCAGAGGGAGUCUCAGCAACAAGUUCAGACUCAGACUUCUCGGAUAGUGAAGCUGGCCAGGCUGCUAGGUUACGAUCUUUAACAACUAAAGUAAGGCAGAAUGCGCUGAGCUGUUUGGAAACUGUGGUUAAGGGAAUGGAGAAGAAAGUGUUGUUUGGCUACUGGUCUUCUUUUAUUCCUGACUCUGGUUCUGGUACAACAUGGUCGUUAUUUACAACCAUACUGCGAGAUCCUUCUCCACGGGCCCGAGCAGGAGGUGUUGCAGUGCUGUGCGAACUCUUGGAUCGAUCUCGGCAGUUCCUCGCUGCGGCCGAUGAUCGAGACGAGAAAAGUGCGGUGCUAUCAGCCCGUCCCUUCACUUCAUUCUCUGGUCGCCUUGGUGCAACGAUCCACGAGAUCCACCGACAUCUUCUCCAAGCUGUCUUAGCCGAAACUUCAUCUUCGACGAAACUCCACUUAAUGAAGUGYCUGUCUGUCCUGAUAUUGAACAGUCCGUACAACAGGCUGAGAGCUGGGUUACUAACCCGUGUUGUUAACCAGAUCCGACCAAUGAUCACUUCUAAUGACUUCAACUUUCGUGUGUCAGCGUUAACAUGUCUAGGAAUGAUAGUAUCAGUACACGCUCCUUUAAAUGAGGUCAUCGAACUCAUGAACCCAUCCAUUGAUAACAAACCACCGAACCGGGAGGAGAACCCAUCGGGUACUACCGGGGACUCUACGGGAUCCCAAGGUAGCACAGAUGAGAAACCAACGUCAACUACCGGGGACUCUACGGGAUCCCAAGGUAGCACAGAUGAGAAGCCAASGGCAAAUACUGAGGACUCUACGGGAUCCACACAAGGAGAUAUCGGUGAAUCUUCCUCCAAUCGUACGGCAUCUACGUCAUCAGAUACCACGUGUUCUGUAWUCCAAGAUGRCUGCCCGUGGCUGGUUCAGUUAUGUGUUAAUUCCGUCGYUAAGCAACGCGGUAGAGAAGGACAGCCAUUGGUUGUACGCGUGGAAGCCCUUCAAGUGUUGAUAGCAUUUGUUAGGAAUUAUUUUAGUCUCGUAAGUCCAUACACAGCGAAUCUAACACACCAUGUGUGUGAAUGCCUAGACGAAGAUCAAGCCAUUGCACUACUAGCUAUUAAGUUUCUUCAAGAACUGGGUAAAACUAUGUAUUCCUUUCUUCCUGAUCAAGCGAAUGCUAGAGAUGUUCAAGCCUUGGUGUCUAAAGAUCAGCUACUACAGUUCUGGCUGGGACUCCUGACUGGACCUCUUAUCACCAUCCUUCAAGGCACAAACUCCAAGCUCAUAAGCAGUGCUAUAGAUUGCUUAUCUAAUAUUGGAGCUAGUAUCUUCGAGAUUCUACCGGAAGACAAGCGUAUAAUGUGCAUCACGAUGUUGUUGGGCUUGUGUAAUGAUGAAGACAAGAAUGUCAAGGCGUCUUCAGUACGUGCCGUCGGCGUGCUGGUUCUUUACCCGUGUCUUCGUGAAGACGUGUUGUACGUGGCUGACACUGCCAAUUCUGUGCUAACGUGCAUGGAGGAUCAGACGCUUGCUGUCAGGAUGAGGGCUGCUUGGUCUUUAGGAAACCUUAGCGACACGCUGGUAGCAAACAAAUCAUCUCAAGAUUCUACCUUCAUAGAGGACUUCUCUGAUAUGUUGUUAUUGAGGCUGCUUGAGUUAGCUAUCAAGGCUAGUGAGGACCAUGAAAAGGUGAAGUCGAACGCUGUGCGGGCCUUAGGGAAUUUCUUGAACUAUGUCAAACCUUCUACGUUAGAGAAACGAGGUUUCACGCGAGGCGUAGAGAAAGCUGUGCAAGCUCUGAUAGCAAACGUUGCAACAGGAUUAAUGAAGGUUCGUUGGAAUGCAUGUUAUGCGAUCGGCAACGUGUUCCGCAAUACGUCACUUCCCAUUGGCACAGCUACGUGGACUCAUGAUGUCUACACUGCACUGACAAACGUCAUCAAGGAAUGUAAAAACUUCAAGGUUCGUAUCAAUGCAGUACUCUCCCUUUCCAUCCCCUCUGCUAGACGUUGUUAUGGUGAUGCCAAUCAGUUUCUUGGUAUUAUUGAUGCAUUAUUCAAAGCUCUUGAGUCAAGCAACACCUUGACAGAAUUCUCUGAAUUCAAAUAUCGUGACAAUCUUCGUGAGCAGUUAUGUAACACGCUUUGCCACCUGGUCUCUCUAAUAGCAGAGGAAGACUUGGAACCAUUGUUACCCAUAUUAGAACAAAACAAAGCUGUUUUGCAGCUCCUUACAGACCAUGUUACAUCAGUCAGUCUAUCACAGGAAGGACAAGAAGAAGUCAACAACACUACAGAAGACAAUGAACAGUUCAGCAGAGGCACUUCAAAGGCAGACCAAUUAUUAAAGAUACAAGCAGCACAGACACACAUAUUCAAGGAAAUCAACCAGGAGACCCCGGCUGUAAAGAUUCUCUGUGAUGUGUUAACUAUCAAAGAAGCACCUCCGACCGUUAGAACUGGCCCAGCUAUGGCAAAUGAGUGAGAGGACAGUAAAGUAUAGUGAAUGAGUGAGAGAACAGGAAACUAUGGUUAAAAUGGCUAGACAUGGCAAAUGAGUGAGAGGACAGUAAAGUAUAGUGAAUGAGGGAGAGGACAGUAAACCAUGGCAAGUGAGUGAGAGGACAGUAAACUAUGGUUAAAAUGGCUAGACAUGGCAAAUGAGUGAGAGGACAUUAAACUAUUGCAAAUAAGUGAGAGUAAAGUAAAUUAUGGCUAAUGAGUGAGAGGACAGUAAACCAUAGUGAGAGGACAGUAAACUAUGGUGAAUAAGCAGGGUGUAUGGCAGACAGCAAAACAUGGUACAACAGGUCACACUAAAAAAAGGAUAUGAUAAGACAGUUUUGGCAAGUCGAGUCAUAUUCCAUUGCUACAAGUGUUUGCCAACAAUGAGAGAGAAAUUUAGCAGAUAAUUCGUAUAGAAUACCAUGUGUAUUUGCAGAUAAAUGACAAAUAUUUCAGAAAAAUAAUAAAUUGAAUUGUCUGGUAAAAAUAAAAACCAUGAAACCAAAUUUGCUGUUUUCACAUGUUGUCAGCGAACAGCCGUAGUGUUGUAAUUCCUACACUGCAGAAAUUACCUCACCAACAUCUGCCGAUAUACCUAGCUAUGUAUACUUUUGUGAGUUAAAAUACAAUAAAUAGAUAUAUAAUAAUCAUCAUCAUCCCAUUACACCUAAGUGACUCAUAGGGCUGAGACCAGGCCAUUGACAGAUAAUGGAAGACAAUCAAUUAGUAAGCUAUUGACUAUUUUUUAUUAAGAACUAAAUAUUUUCAAUACUAUAAAAUCAUAUUUUAAGUUAAUAAAUUGCAAGUUUUCCUAGA